UACAGUCGCGACGCGACACCUCGACGAGUUGAACCGCGUAGUGUUGUUCUUCAUAUUUUUGAAUAUUUUUCGUUUCAAAAAUAUAUAUAACAAUAUAUAAAUAAUCAUAUCUAGAUUGUGAAAGCAUACAAAAAUUUACGCGCAAUUAUUUCGUUAAGUGUGUAAGCCGUCGGUUUAGUUAAAGGUCCGAGUUCAUUAGAGGAGAUGACACGUGAGUGAUACCCAUCCCUUGGAAAACCGACGCAGAAAAAUAAUUAGAGAGGACCGGGCUAUUGUAAAGUAUAUAGCUUUUCCAUGCGGGUUCACUCAAAAAUAGUAUAAGACUCCAUCCAUCCUUUACUCUAAGCCAACUUCGUCAUAGAAGCAGGGUAGACAGCGAAGCCAGAGGAGAGGAUCGAGCCCUUAAACGAGGAAGAUCGAUUGAAGAUUCUCAAUAUAUACGAAUACUUAUCUCUUUCAUACCACUACACUUCAAUCCGGUGAAAUUCAAUUUACCGUCACAUACGGACUUACGUAUGCUUCAUGCAAGUUCACUUCCGAGAGAGAUAGCUACUGUUACGUAGUAUAGACAGACGAUUUAAAUUGAUUGGUAAAGAAAGCACUUUGAAUCUGAUGGCAGCUUACAAAUUGACAUUACUCUUGGCAAUUUUACACGUUUGCUCAUGUCAAGUUACACCUGAAGUAUUGCCAAUUUUUUUAGCACCACUUGAAAAUCAUACAGUGACACAGGGACGUGACGUAUUUUUCACAUGUGUCGUUAAUCAUUUACACUCUUACAAGGUUGCAUGGAUAAAAUCCGACUCAAGGGCAAUACUAGCAAUACAUACGCACAUGGUAACACAUAAUCCCCGGCUAUCAGUAACACACAAUGGACAUGACACAUGGAAAUUACAUAUUGCCAAUGUACAAAAAAAUGACUCUGGUACUUACAUGUGUCAAGUCAAUACCGAUCCGAUGCGUAGUCAAAUGGGAUACAUGGUUGUACAAAUACCACCGGAUAUAAUGGACGACGAUUCAACAGACGGUUACGUGACUGGCGAACGAGGAAAUAUAAAAUUGCGGUGUGUGGCUAUGGGUAUUCCACAGCCGACAGUUACGUGGCGGAGAGAAGAUGGCAGAAAUAUUACUCUCAGAGAAGAGGGUAGAGAAAAAAUUUCUGUAAAAAGUUUCGAAGGUGAAACAUUAAAUUUAACUGGAAUUUUACGUAGUGAGAUGGGCAAUUAUUUAUGUAUCGCAAGUAAUGGAGUACCGCCGACGAUAAGUAAGCGUUACAAUGUACAAGUACACUUUCAGCCACUAAUAAAAGUAACAAAUCAAUUAGUGGGAGCACCAGUUAAUCGUAAUGUUACAUUACAAUGUACUGUUGAAGCAUCACCACGUGCUAUGAAUACUUGGUAUCGUGAUAAAGGUGACAAGUUAUUACCAAGUAUUAAAUAUACAAUGUCAGAGUCGGCAUUAAAUGACUACACAUGGCAAAUGAAUUUAACGAUUCAUAAUUUGGAUAAAAAAGAUUUUGGUGGGUAUGCAUGUGCAUCUGUGAAUGCACUGGGGCGUGCUGAGGCAUCAGUGCGAUUGCAAGAAUUAGAAUUAGCAACAGAAACAACACCAGGUCCUAUUUCACGCAAUACCGAUGCAAAAGUACGUAAAAAAAUCAACAGUAAACAAAAAUUAAAUCGUCGCCCUAAUAACAGUCACGACGACUGGGACAAUAAUAAUUUAAGCAGUAAUAAGAAUAAUAACAACAAUAAUAAUCAUAACAAUAAUAAUAAUAACGACGAGUAUGGUACAACGCAGAUAAUGGGAGGUAGUACUCAAGUACAUCGUACAGAAAGACCAUUAAUUUCACCAUCACUGUCACCUCCCUGGGUGAUACUUGUUAGUCAUACGCAAAAAUUAUCCUCUUGUAUAUCUAUUACUUUAUUAUUCCUUUUUUUAGUCUUUGUAGUUCAUUAAAUACUUUACUAAUACUAGCUUAUUUUAUUAUUUAUUAUUAAUAAAUAUAAAUUACAAUAACGAUAAUAAUAACUAUUAUAUAAAUAAUCAAAUAUUUAUUUAUUUGUAUAUUGAUAUUUAAAUUUUAAUAAUCACAAAUAGUUUGUUAUGUAAAUAAAUAAGAUAUAUUAUUAUUAUUAUUAUUAUACAAAAUAAUAAUUAAUAGUAAUGGUAAUUAAAUAAUUAAUUGGACAACAAUUAUUGAUGCGGAACUUUGUAAUUGCUAUAAUAUUCAUGAUAAUUAAAGGGUUGCAUAGUCCAAUACUGAAACAUAUAUAAAUAUAUAUAUAUAUAUAUAUAUAUAUGAGUAUGCGGGUAAUAUGAUACUAAUAUUGAAUAUUAUUUAUAAAUUUGACAUCACAGACUCUGUAUGUUAAAUUGAUAUUAUUUAUGGACUUUAGUCAAACUAGAGAUAAAUGAUUUAUUUAUUAUUUUUUGUUUAAAUAUUCGAUGUUUACAGAUUUAAAAUUAUGUAUCCAUGUAUAAUCUAAAUAUAUCAUAUAUUUUAUUAAAUGAAUAAACGGAAAAAUAAGAGAAAAAAUAAAUUAUUAAAAUUUUUUUGAGCGAGAGAUAUUCUCGGGCGAGCUCAACAAAUUCAUAUUUUGAGGCAAAAAUUUUCAGGAGAUCAUUUAUUUUAUAAGUAAUAUCAUUUGCGGUAAUAGAAAAAAGUUUGAGAAAAAUAAAAAAGUCGUUUUUUUAUCAUAUGCUUACUUUUGGAAGAGGACGAGAGAGUAAAAAAAUUAUAAAUUCAUUUACAGCCACUCUAUUAUAUAUAUAAAUAUAUAUUAUAUAUUGUGCAGGAUAUCGAAAAAAUGACCCUGUUGAAACGACAGCUUUUAAUUUUAAUAUUAAGGUGUCUCAUCACGAUUUUCUAUUUCCCAUUUGAUUAACAUGGGAUAAUUUUUUUUUUAAUGUUUGGAAUUUUAUCACUCAUUAGUGAAUCAAAGUAUCAAAAAAAUCAAUAGAUAGUUUUGUCAGAAAUUGAACGCUCUACAAAAAAGGUCACUUAUUAUUUUUCGAUAAAUUUAAUUUUUCAAAAGUUAUUCAAGGUCAAAGUUUAAUUUAUAAUAAAUUUUUACUACUAUUCAACUUUUUCGGUGAAACUAUCAAACUUAUCGCAAAAUGUUAUAGGACCUUUUUUGUAGAUCAUUUUAUUUCCUGCAAAUUAUCUUUCUCAGUUUCCGAAAUUUUUGAAAGAUCUUGAGUUACUUGCAUUUAAAAGUAAGUACUUAAAAUCGGCAAGAAUACGACUUUUUGGAACAGACAUUUAAAUGCAAGUACCUAAAGAACUUUCGAAAAUUUCGAAAACUUCAAUAGAAGUAAUUUGCAGGAAAUAAAAUGAUCUACGAAAAAGAUCCUAAUAGUUUGUCCUAAUUUUGAUAGUUUCGUCGAAAAAGUCGAAUAGUAAUAAAAUUUACUGUGAAUCAAACUUUGACAUUGAAUAACUUUUGAAAAAUUAAAUUCAUCAAACAAUAAUAAGAGACCUUUUUUGUAAAGCGUUCAAUUUCUGACAAAAAUAUCCAUUGAUAUUUCGAUACAUUAAUUCGCUAAUGAGUGAUAAAAUUCCAAACAUUAAAAACAAUCGGUCUAUCGGUUGACCCUGCGGGCCAGCCCCAAAACUCCCCGCUGUCUCCGAGCUCAAGAAGCAUUUGACGUGGCUUAUAACAUUUUAGAGCCCAGUUGAUUUUGGAAUCAAUCCAUCGAGCACAUUAGAAGUUAUCCAAAAAAAAAACAUUUUUGCAAAAAUUUUAUCACAUUUUUGCAAAAAAUAUCUUCUAGAUAUUAACUAGCUGCGUCGAAUGACACCUUAACGAUCAAAAUCGGUUCAUCCGUUCAAAAGAUACAGGCAUUUACGUAUGUAUUUACAUACAUACAUACAUACACUCGGACAUUAUCGUGAAAUUAGUCAGAAUAGCUUCCCAGAACCUCAAAACGUCAAGAUUUGAUAGAAAUUCGGUUUUCGAAAAUCGGACCGAAACCGCAAUAACUUCCCGAAUUUUUGAAAAUUUUCAAUUUUCUUAGCGGGAAUUAAAAAAAGUUAUCCCAUGUUAAUUAAAUGGGCAAUAGAAAAUCGCAAUGAGGUAUACCUUACUAUUAAAAUUAAGAGCUGCCGUUUUAACAGGGUCAUUUUUUCGGUAUCCUGAACAAUAUUCUCAGAGUACUUUUUAAAAAUAAAAAUAUUCGAUUUUUUCGAUACAGCCUAAUAUAUAUUUAUUUACUAAUAGUGUGUGCGUAAUUGACAUUAUCGAAACAUUCGAAUUAUUCGUAAAUAAUUGCAAAUUUUUUUUUACAAUUUAUUAUGUGUGAGUUAAGAUUUCAUGUUCAGAAUUUGAACAGAAUAUUUAAAUUUAAAUUCAGUAAAUUCGAAAUUAUAAAUUCUUUGAAAAGAAACAAAUAAUGCGAAAAAUUAUAAUUAUUCCAUUUAUUUCGAUUCAAACACUAUUCGCAUAUCCCUAAUAUAUAUAUUGUUGAAAGGUCUUCCGAAAAUAAUUAUUAUCACUGCCCGAGAAAAAAAAAACUCAUGGAAUUUUCAAAAAAAUGUAACACAACAUUCAAUAUAUUGAAUUUUUAUAUUGCAUAAAUAAUUUAUGAUAAUAAUAAUUAUUAUUAAUACAGCAAUAAAAAAAAAUUGUUUAGAAAAAAAUUGAAAAACAUAUUUGGAAAAUCCAAAAGUGCACACCUCAAACGCUCAUGUAAUAUUUUGAGUAGUAAAAAAAAGUUUUAUCUGUUUAAUUAACAUAAAAUAUUUUUUGACAGUUCGAUACUGGCAAUUUUUAUUUACCUACUGAGAAGAAAAGUUUAUUAUCUAAUAGAAAAAGUAAAAAAAAAAAAAACCAACCUCAUUACGUUAAAAAAAAUUGGAAAGUAAAAAGUCUACUGGAUGACGAAAUUUCUGAAAUGUUUCGCUCAUAAAUGCUGGUAUGUCAGCCGAAAAUUUUAGGUCACCCCCAACCUCCAGAACUACCCUUUACAUCGCCCUCAAGCAGUCGAAUUACAUAAAUUUUUUUCAUUUUCGUUGCGCGAAAAACGUUUCAAUUUUCAGAUACAUGUUUUUGUCUCAAUUUAAAAAUUUUUUUCCGCGAAAAAAAUCGUCGCUUUCAGUUUGCACCAUCAGGUGUCACAUUGAAAGUGAUCAAGUCUCAACAGUACAAAAAAAAGAAAAAAAAAGCGCUUACGAAGCGUGGAAUCGAGAUGUACUAAAAACUCUGUAUAUCUAUUUGUGGAGAAAAAAUAGUGAAAUUGUUAUUAGUUGAAACCAUCAAUUUUGGGUUAUUAUUUAUUUAUUAAUGAACGUGAUGAUUUAUAAUAAUUAUAUUCGAAAGGGUAUCUAAGAAUUAAAAUCUGAAGCUAAUAACAAAAAAUCAAAGUGAUUCAUCAACUUUUUAGAGAGAGAUCGUGUUCACAUACGUGCAGACCAACUGACGUUCAAAUACAUUUUUUUCAAUUAACUUUUUUUUAUCAACAAUCUAAAUAAGAAAACUUAUAACUAUGUCAGAAUUAUUCAUUGGAGUUUCUUUUUGCUAUAAGUGCUUUUUUAUUUAUUAAGUGCUAUAUAAAAUUAGUGGAGAUGAUUGAAGUUGACCGAAACUCAGUUUUAAAAUUUGGUGACAAUAAAACUUAGCGUUCGAGGUGUGCAAAAAAAAUUAUAAAUAAUAUUUGGACGUUUAUUUAAAAUGCUGUAAAUAAUCACGAUGCAAUAUCAACUAAUAACUAUAUUGUAUAGUUAUAUAAAAUAUACAAUAAACAUAAUGCUAGGUAAAAUAAUUAGUUGUAAUGAUACAUAGAGGAAAUUCUAAUUUGCUUUAAUUAAAAUAAAUUAACUAAUGUUUCCAAUUGUAUGUAUCGAUAAUUCGAUGAGUAAAUUAAUUUCUUGUAGAAGAUUCGAAGGGAGUGAAGACAAUAAUUAUAUAUAUAUAUGUCUAUAUAAUUGAAUGAUAAAUAACAUAUUAUAUAAUGAAAUAAGAUAAAAUUUUAUCAAUCUAUAAAACUUAAGAUGUAAGAAAAUUAAACAAAAUGAAAUUGUUAGUAAGUUUAUCAUCAAUUAAAUUGAUCAAUAAUUAUAAUUGAGUUGAAAAAAAAAUGAUUAUCUACACGGAGAGAAUUUUAUGGUAAAAGUUAUC